AUGACACAAGACAAACCAACAGCUCUUGCUGCUACGAAUUUGUUCAAGCCAAUCAAGGUGGGCAAUGUUACCCUGAAAAAUAGGCUGGUCCACACGCCAACCACCCGCAAGAGAAACACUGAAUCGUUUGUCGCUACGGACCUGAUGCUCCAGUACUACACAGAUCGGGCGCAAAAUAAUGGUGGGCUCAUAAUUGCUGAAGCAACUUUCAUUUCUCUUCAGGGUGGCCUCAUGAGACGUGCUCCUGGGAUCUGGAACAAGGACCAGACCAAGGCGUGGAAGAAGAUUGUUGAUGCUGUUCAUGCUGAAGGCUCCUUCAUGUCGUCCCAGUUCUGGCAUCUGGGAAGAAUGGGUGAGCCUGAUGUGUUGAAGGAGUGGGGUCAAAAGUACAUUGGUCCUUCUGCCGUUUACAGGAACGAGGAGAGCGAGAAGGCUGCCAUCGAUGCUGGGAAUGAGCUCCUGGCCAUGACCAAGGAGGAUAUCCAGCAACUGAAGGACGAAUACAUUAAUGCUGCUGAUAACGCUUUUGAGGCUGGCUUCGACUUCAUUGAGGUUCAUGCUGCUCAUGGAUAUCUGUUUGACCAGUUUCUGAGAGAAGCCACCAAUAAGAGAACUGACGAAUAUGGUGGUUCUAUCGAAAACAGGGCGAGACUACUGCUUGAGAUCUUGGACAUGUUGAUUGAAAAAUAUGGUGCUGAGCGUGUGGCUGUCAGACUUUCUCCCUAUGUAAGAGGAAUGUUGGGUCCGGAAGGACUUGUCUCUCACCCAAUUGUGACAUUCUCGUACGUAUUCGACCAGUUGGAGAAGAGAGCGAAGGCAGGCAACAGACUGGGAUAUGUGUCCAUUGUGGAACCCCGUGUCGACGGAAGUGUCAAUGCCGUCAACAGAUCUUCUUUGGAAAACAAUGAGUGGAUUUUUCAGAUCUGGGAAGGUGUUGUGUUGAGGGCCGGUGCCUACCUUUCUGAUGAAGGGUAUCAGAACCUCGUUCAUGAUGUCGACCUGAAUGAUAGAACUCUCAUUGGUGUUAGCAGAUACUAUACGUCCAAUCCGGAUCUGGUCGAGCGUCUUAAACAGGGUUAUCCUUUGCAACCUUACAACAGACCUACGUUUUACACCUCAACUAAUUAUGGGUUCAACACCUGGAAGAAGUAUGGCGAGACAUGGAAGGACGAUGCCGAAUCAGAGGAGGCCAAGAGGCUUCCAGUCUCGCUGGUUUAG